UGCGGUUAUGCAGCGGUUGUUUUCGAUCGCAGCACCCCGAAAUGCGAAAUGACGACCCCAUUCAGUAGCCUACUGCGCCGGUAGUUGGUCGUCCGUUGAGUGCGCGGAAACGAAGACGAAGAAGAUGUGAAAAGUUGCCCAUCGAACUACUGCCAGGGCAACGAGGUGCUAAUAGGGCUGUUUAUCUGUUUGGAACCUGGUGGAGCCUCUCGUUGGCGGUGUUUUCCGGUCGCGAAAAAGAAAAAAAAAUGAAAUGAUAAAUGUUUAAUCGAGCUUGAAACAUGUGAAGUGGAUAGAUAUGGGUAGGCUGUAGUGAAGCAGAAUUACGUUGAAUGGAUCUUACAAAUAGGAGAAAAUGUGUUUGAAAAUGUAUUUAACACAAUGAGCCAGCUGGUGUUUUCGCUGCAAGUGUCUCAUGAUCGAUAGAGUGGCAUAAUACAGUGAGACAGAAAACUAACAAGCUGUAAAGUGGUAUAUAAAGCAGUGAGGGGACAACUUGAGCCAGUCCGUAAAAUGGCGGAGCCGAAUGUUGAGGAUGAGCCGGGAUUGAACGAGAUGAGCGGCGAGGAGCACACCUACCGGAAGCGAUCGUUCUGGUGCUGGGGAAAGGGCAAUCGCGUAUCGCAGGAACCCGACUCGCUCAGCAUCAAAGUCGGCGGCGAGAAUCACGACAAGAAGCCCAAGCGCCAUGAGACGAACCGCAUCAAGUCGACCAAAUACACGCUGCUGACAUUCCUGCCACUGAACCUGAUCGAGCAGUUCCGGCGGGUAGCGAACUUCUACUUCCUGUGCAUGACGAUCAUUGCCAUCGUUAUCGACAGUCCGGUAUCGCCACUCACCUCGCUGAUCCCGCUGGUGUUCGUCAUCACCGUAACGGCCACCAAGCAAGCCUAUGAAACGUACCUGCGCUACCGGGCGGACAACAUGGUAAACUACUCGCUGGUAACGGUGAUCCGCAACGGCGUUGAAACGGACAUCCGCUGCCAGGACAUCCGGCAGGGGGACAUCGUGCGCACCUCCCGGGACUGCGACAUUCCGUGCGAUUUGGUUCUGCUGAUGUCCUCGGACGAGAACGGGAAGUGUUUCGUCACGACGGCCAACUUGGACGGAGAGACAAACCUGAAGACGAUGAUGGUGCCCAAGGGACUGCCGGAAGUGGUGGAGGAAAAACUGCACACGUUAGGGCGAAUCGAGUGCGAAUUUCCGCGAACGGAUUUGUACACGUUCAAUGGGAGAUUGGAGCUUGCGGAGGUGCAUCACAGGCACGAGAUGACAAGUGUGGAUGGGGUCGGGGCGGAUAACCACAUGUUGCCUUUGAUGGCAGAGAACUUACUGCUGAGAGGUUCAAGGGUGAAGAAUACGGAGUGGGCGAUCGGAUGUGCGGUGUACACUGGUCAGAAUACAAAGCUGGCACUGAACAGCAAGAUGACGAGCAACAAAAUGAGUUCCAGCGAAAGCUUCAUCAACAAAUAUCUGGUGUUUUUCUUGGUGCUAUUGUUAGCGAUCGUAGUCGUUUCGUUCUUUAUGAAGCGGUACAACGAUCAGUACAACACGGGCCACAACUUCUAUCUGGGCGAAUAUCUGGCGACGUAUCGGGUCUCUCAGUUCUUGCAAGACUUCUUCUCGUUUCUAAUUCUUUUCAACUAUUUGAUCCCGAUUUCGUUGUACGUGACUAUUGAGUUGGCCAAGUUUCUGGGUGGGUUCUACCUGGAGUGGGAUCUGGAACUAUACGACGAUGAAACGGAUCAACCAUGCAUUGUGAACACUUCGGAUAUCAACGAGGAGUUAGGUCAGGUGUCGAUAUUGUUUUCCGAUAAGACCGGAACGUUGACCAAGAAUGUGAUGAUCUUCCAGAAGUGUUCGAUCAAUGGUAAAAUGUAUAACCAAAAGGGACGGCGGCUUCAGGAGAUUGGUCGGCGUUAUGCGCUGAAGAUCAACGAGUGUUCGCGGCACGUGUACAAUUUUUUUGAAGCUUUGGCAGUUUGCCACACCGUUCAAGUUGCAGGCGAUUACACAAACGAGGCAGAUGAUCCCGAACAGGAAGAGGAAUCUGAAGAAGAAGAACAAUCCGUGGAACCGAAUAACAAUCGACCCAUGCGGAAUUUUUCCAACAUUUCAGAAGAGAUUGAAGCUGUCACGUCUCACAUCUCCGUAGUGGAUGAGACGGAUUUUAUUCAACUUAAAGAGCUUCCACCUCGUAGCCGUGCUCCUGUUCUAGAUCGUGCGCAGACGGAAAACCGUCAUAGUGCACAGCAGCGGUGGUCGGAAGAGCCAUCUAGUCAAUUCAGGGAACGUAGCGGCAGUGGUAGUUUAAGGCCUUCCAGCGAAACGGUCACUCGGCGAUCGGGAAGUAUAUUCUCGGACAAUCGGGUACACCCGGCGAGUCUGCAGAUACCGCCCUUCAGGCGAACACCAUCGAGUUUAUCUAGUCGAUCUUCACGACCGCAAAGCUUGAUCGAGGAUCGACCGACCUCUGAGGACAAGCUGGAUCGGUCGGGCGAAGGAAUUCUGUUUCAGAACAGCAGCAAUGGGCACCUGGAUGGUCUGCUUCAGUCGAUCGAGCUGAAGAGAGCCAUUUCUGCCUACGAAGAGAAACCGGUAACGGAACCGGUGGUGAAGUCCCAUCGACGGACCCAGUCACACAUUCCUCCGGGAAUGGGCAAUAAAGCGAACGGGGAUGUAGCAGAUCGGGGGUCCGUGAUGCUGCGGCGAAAUCGUAGCUCGAUUCGAUCUACGGUUAGGGAGUCGUACGCAGCGGAGUUGUUUACAGAAGCGUCGCUUGUUCAGCGACAGGAGUCGGUUAUGAAGCAUGAGGAGGUGUUGACGUUCAUUCGGAAGAUGGACUAUCAGGCGUCUAGUCCGGAUGAAAAAGCGUUGGUGGAGGCCUGUGCCAAGAUGGGACUCGUGUUUGUGGGAGAUGAGGCUGAUGUGUUGCACAUUAAACUGCGCGAGUCUUGUGUGAAACGGAACGUGAAAUCCGUGCAUGGGGAGGUUGCACGAGAGGCGGUGGUGAAAUACCAAAGAUUAGCUGUGUUAGAGUUCACCUCGGAUCGCAAGCGAAUGAGCGUGAUAAUUAAGGACGCUCAGGGUCAGAUUUGGGUGUAUACGAAAGGAGCGGAGAGUCAUGUUUUGCCGUUGUGUACGAAAACUGCCUCGGGAUUAACGAUAUCGACGCAACGCCAUAUCAAUGAAUUUGCAAAGCAGGGACUGAGAACGCUGGCUGUGGCCAGACGAAGACUGACACAGGUAGAAUAUUCCAACUUCCGAAACGAGUUGAUUCAUGCGAACAACUCGUUGACUGACAGGGUUGCCAGGGUAGAAGAAUGCCAGCGGAAGAUUGAAACAGGAUUGGAACUGUUGGGGGCAACGGCCGUCGAAGACGCCCUUCAGGACGACGUUCGGGAUACUUUGGAGUCGUUGCGAAAUGCUGGCAUCAAAGUGUGGGUACUCACCGGUGACAAGGUGGAGACGGCCCUAAACAUAGCUCUCAGUUGUGGUCACAUCCCGGAUAAUGCCUUCAAGUACUUCGUCACUGAAUGUACGACCGUGGAUGAGGUGCAGCAACACUUUGACGUUUUCUCGUUCGAGAUGUUUCGAGCACCGGACCGGGAGUACGCACUGUUGAUCGAUGGUGCGAGCUUGGCGAUUGCAUUGAAGGACCUGCGGGAGGUGUUUCGAGACCUAUCGAUUAAGUGCCGUGCAGUUCUGUGCUGCAGACUGAGUCCUCUGCAGAAGUGUGAGGUGGUACAGUUGAUGAAGACGGUGGAGAGCAACCCGGUGACUGCCGCUAUUGGUGAUGGAGCGAAUGAUGUAUCUAUGAUCCAGGAAGCACAUGUUGGACUGGGGAUCGUGGGGAAGGAAGGACGACAAGCGGCGCGAUGUGCAGACUACGCGUUUGCCAAGUUCUGCAUGGUUAAGAAGCUACUGUUGGUGCAUGGACACUACUUUUCAACGCGGUUGGCGGUACUGGUUCUGUACUUCUUCUACAAGAACCUGAUAUUCAUGGGAAUCCAGUUCUACUUUCAGGUCGAUAGCAUGUUCUCGUCGCAAUCUGUUUACGAUUCGGUUUUCCUGACGCUUUACAACGUACUCUACACGUCACUUCCUGUAUUUGUCCUUUCGUUAACCGAGAAGCCAUUCACGGAGGAGACCUUGAUGAAACAGCCAUCUCUCUAUCAAAAAGUGGCUGGCAAUAAGCAAUACGCGUGGAAGUACUUCAUAGGCUGGAUGAUUUUAGCCUUCUACCAUUCCCUCGUUAUUUACCUCUUCAACUGGGCCGUUUGGGGCAACAACCCGGUUAUCUACGCGUGGGACCCACAAAAUGUCGGCUUCGCCUGCUUCGGCACCAUGGCUAUCCACAACGUGGUCGUUGUAGCGAAUCUGAAACUCCUCCUGGAAGCAAUACACAAGAGUUUCAUCUUAAUCGCCUCCAUUUGGCUGUCGAUUUUUGGCUUCAUGGGGACGACCUUCAUCUACAACCUCUUCAACUUCUUUGGAUUCGGUUCCAGCAACUACGACGGAGACAUGCUGCAGGUGUACAACAAUCUGCUGUCGUCCUUCACAUUCUGGGUGAUGUGUCUGCUCAUUCUGGUGGCUUGCCUCGUUCCGGACUUUACGGUACUUGCCGCCAAAGCAAUCAACAUCAAGAUAGGACAUAUCUUCCCCGGUGGGGCUAAAUUCCGGAAUGCGUUCUUCCAGCGGCGGAACCGAGAACCGGAGAGUACGUACUUGUAAAACGCGACUGCAGCUAGUCGUGGGAUGAUUCCAAAAAAUAGCAUGACAUGCUAACGUGCCAAGUUUUCAUAAGACAUUACCCCUUUAUUUAUGGGAUAGAUUAUUGCAUUGUUGUUGUUUUACAAGCACCGGACAAGGUGCUUGCGCUAUAAAUUAUUGCCACUAGCUACGUAAGUUCGAAUCCGUGAUAUACGCAGUUCCUUCUCGCGAGCGCGCUAACCAUGAAACAGCGAGUUAUCAGUAUUUUUGAAAUACACUUUUGUGGGAACGUUUACAUUCCAGAACAAGG